GACAGAGGCCUCUAUUGACCAAAAGGCCAAUAUAGCAUGGGCAGCGCCAUAGAGAGCUUCCGAAAUGUUAAAGUGGUCAAACUAGUUAACUGGAUGGGGAUUCCUAUGGGUUGUAGCCUCAAUGGCGCUACCUAUGCUGUCACAGAUAUUAUAAUGGCACAGAUAUAAAGAUGGUUCGUCUAUCUAUCUCUAUGUUUUGACCGCAUGGGACUGCCUUCUGGCAUCUAGUGAGCGAGUUCUGGAACGCUGCCUGAUGUGGGCUACUGCGCAAGCCGUGCUUACAACUGUAGGGAAUAUAUGUCCAGCACUGCGCGCUCCGCGCUCCCACCUGCACAGUCCACUAUGGAACGGAAAAGGGAUGACUGCCACAGGACCGAAGGAAAAAGAAGAGACCACAACCCCCACCAGCAUGACGGAUGACAGGAGCGAGAUGAUGUAUAUUCUGGAGACGCCCCAGAUGCGAGGCGAGGAGGAGAGGCUUCGAACUUUUGAAAACUGGCCGGGCGAUGCACCGGUCACCGCGACCAACCUAGCCAGAGCGGGCUUCUUUUUUCUGGGGCCCGAUGAUAAGGUCAAGUGCUUCUGUUGUGGAGGGAUCCUGAGGUAUUGGGUCCAUGGGGACAGUCCGAUCGUCGAACACAAGAGGCACUUCCCCACUUGUAGUUUGGUAAUGGGUAGAGCCGUUGGGAAUAUCCCACUGUAUGUCGUUCCCGGGUCCCCUUCGGACUCCGUGGACGGUCAGCUGUUGAGCCAGCUCCAGAGGAUGACUGUGGACGACCAGGGGGCGGCCGGGCAGGCUGUUUACCCCGAGAUGGAGUCAGAGGAAUCCCGUCUCACCACCUUCCACAAUUGGCCCACCGGUGCUGCGGUCCAGCCCGAUGUUCUGUCGAGGGCAGGAUUCUUCUACACAGGACACGGUGACAACGUGAAAUGUUUCUACUGUGAUGGAGGGCUGAGGAACUGGGAACCUGGAGAUGACCCCUGGCAGGAGCACGCCAAGUGGUUCCCACGAUGUGACUUCCUGAUCCAGACGAGAGGGCGGGACUACGUCAGCAACAUCCAGGAUACUCACUUCAAUAUAGAGACUGUGGGUGCAUCACAGACUCCGGUGUCCAGAGAAAUCAACUCAGAGAAUGAUGUGGUGGGUGGUCUGGGCGUGCCCUCGGCCAUGUUGUCUCCUGUGGUCCAGACCGUGCUCCAGAUGGGGUUUGAGGCUGGCCUGGUGGAGAGUCUGGUCCAGACCAAGUACCUGCUGAACGGCCAGCACUACACCUCCGUGUCUGGCCUGGUCACUGACAUACUGGCAGCUGAGGAGGAGGACCGGACCAGGAGACCGCAGAGCAGAGGUCAGGGGCCGGUGGAGAGGCAGGGGCUCAGUGCAGGAGGGGUCAGGACACAGACACCCAUCAGAGAAAAAGCAGUGGGCGACACCACCCCUGAUGAGCUCCUGCGUCAGCUGCAGGAGGAGCGGACAUGUAAGGUGUGUAUGGACAAGCGGGUUUCCAUUGUCUUCAUUCCCUGUGGUCACCUGGUGGUGUGUAGCGACUGUGCUGCCAGCCUGCGUCACUGCCCCAUCUGCAGAGCCACCAUCAGAGGCAGCGUCCGAGCAUUCAUGUCCUGAAAGACUCACUCAAGCUUUUGUAUACCUUCGACAAAUGAAGAAAGAUUCUAGAACCCCUUGGAGCAGCUCACAUUAUUUUAUAGGUGCUGUGCGAACGUUCUGAAAAUGUUCCCUGGAUGUUGGAUGCCAGAUCUGACCCACGUUAAAAACGCUCUGUUGAUUUGCCCUGCUUAAAAUACCCUCAAAUGAAAAUGGCCUCGUUUAUAUAUUUAUAUACAACAAUAAACACAUAUGCAAUA